CUACUGAGAGUCGCACCACAACUUCUAAUCGCCCACUACUUGCUGAAUCUUCCGAAAACCCAUCCGUUGCUAUUUUCUAUGUCGAACAGUGUAUCAGUCAACUACAGAAAGAAAACGCUCAACUACAGGUCACUCGUGAACAUAUCAAGACGCAGCUUGAACUCAAAUCCACCGAACUCUACUCGUACAAGACCCGUAUCGCGUCUUUGAAUCACUCUCUUAGCAAGUUGAAUCUUGUUAUAGAGGCGUUUGAGCAGGAGCUCGUUUCCUUAGGGACUAGCAUCGACUCUAUUGAUCAGUCUUUUGUGCUUCUUUUAGACAUCGCUGUCUGCGGUCCCGUCUUUCAUCGUACUCGGAGUGCGAUAUCAUCAGGCUUUGUAUUUAUGGACGCUAUUGUGGAUGCCAUCCGAGAGGCUGCCGAGGUUCCGCAUAGUCCAUGGUCUGCUUUGAUUCCUCCCGUAAUCGGAGCCCGCUCUCAGGAUCACUACGCAUCCGCUCUUAGCAUUACCCUGAGAACAAGAUCUGACGUCCGUCGAAUCAAGAAUCUUGCUCGAUACUGGAAAUCAUCCGCUCAAGAAGAUGAGAAACACAAGGACGUCAUCACACCAUCUGGUUCUACUCUUUCAGAGGUACAGGAAGUAUUUACAACCGAACGGCAGAAAGCAGUCGACGCAUUAUGGAUCAAGUUGAAGAGUGGAGAGUUACCUAUCAGAAGCACUGUUGUGAGCCAAGCUCGAGAAGAGGAUACUGCUCUUAUUCAUGCUUUUACUGUGAAACCAUCCGCACCCUCCGUGAAUGCCAGCUCACUAUUUAUGCCCCCCGACCCUCAGUCCAUCAAGCCUCAGAUGUCAGCUUCGGUUGCAGCAAGUAUCGUCACACUCAAUGUAAGCCUCCCUGACGCACUCCUCCUCGGGAGAAUCAUUUCCCAGCACUCAAUCUUCCGGUGACAGCUCUAUAGUCGGCUCUGCCCCAUCCACAAGUACACGUCUUUGUUCUGAGGAAGCCAUUUCCCCUCUUCCCCGGUUAUCCUUAUUCUCCUCUGACUUUUGGGCUGCUGCAAGUAAC